CAUUAAUCUUGUUGUAAAAUUAUUUAUGUGCAUGUGAUUGUUUAUAAUUUCCGGCUUCCGGUUAUGGUUGUAUUGUGUAAAUGAAUAUAGGAGUAUUUACUGUGUUAAAAUAAUUAUUCAAUUAUCCUGUACUUAAGUGCAUAGCAACUAACAAUGGUAAUGCUGAAAUUCAUUAAUUUUCAAAAUAUGUAUUUCUUCCUUUUUUCCCCAUACUACUUAAUCACUUUUAUUCCUUGACGCAUUUAGAGCAGUGUCAGUGGGCGUGUCUGUGAUUUCACAGAGUUCAAGCUUCCCUGUACCUGCACACUUCUUACACUACUAUUCAUCCAGUUACUGAGUUAGUUAUAUACCUUAGUUUAGUUGAAUGCAGUUAUUGUGAAGGAAUAAAAGCUACAAUUUUUUUAAAAAAUCACUUAGUCCGUUUGGUAUAGUAUAGGCCACUAAAGACCAAAUUAGUCUUUAGUCUUUAAUUUUAGGCCACCACUAUGUUCACCGCUGUACUGUAGAUGGUAGAGAUUUGGUAAAAGUGCAGUUCAGGUGCUUAUAUUAUUUCUGUUUGAAUCUCUUAUUUUCCCGUGUAAACUUAUGUUAAUUCUUUAUAAAAAGUAUUUUAAAAGUUAUUUACCAUCUUUUUAUUGGAAUACAACAACAAUUUAACAAAUUUUACGAGAUAAAAAAUGCACAUUUUUAUGAAUCUUUCGUGUUUAAAGAGCCGUUGUGGUAAAUCAAGGAUAACUCUUCUGUCUAUAAAGAUACUUUAUAAAAGUUGCCCAAUUGGAUGAAUCUAGUUAAAAUAAAUGAUGUAUUUAUUUUAUAACUUUACUAUCAACUAUAACCGGAGUUGCCGGGGGCUGCAUUCAGAAAAAAACAUCUGCUAAAUCCUUUUAGUUCACAUUGCUAUUAAACGAAAUGUAAACAACAAAACAACACUAUAGUAAAAAAAAAUAAUAAUAAUUAAUUUGUCUCCUAUAAAAACACUUAAAAUAACUUAUGUAAACUUUCCGUUUUUCCCGUUUUACGAUGGCACCUGGAAGGAUCAUGAUGGGAUCCCGAAUCCGAUGUGAUUCCGAUAGAAUCCUGGUCAUGGUGGGAUCCCGAACUCGGUAAGAUACCGAUCCCGGUGAGAUCCAUUUCCGGUGGUAUCCCAAACUAAAUGAGAUCCCAAUCCGGUGGGAUCCCAUUUCGGUGAGAUUCCGAUCCCGAUAGGAUUUUGAUCCAAGUGAGAUCCUGAUCCCGGUUUCGGGUGAGAUCCCGUUUCGGUGAUAUGCAGAUCCCGAUAAUUAUAGGGAGCUCACAUACUUGACAUACGAACCCAGCUUACAAGCCACAUUGCAAUUGUUACGAGCGCCUUAGGAAAAAUUCCAGUUGUAUUAACGUUAUUUGUUGCCCCACAAGGUGCGCGUUUAAACCAAAUGCUGCACCAUUAAAAAUGCCAGUUGCAUCAACAAUUUUAGUUAUUGUUUCUUGGUAGUCCUGCCAUUUUAAACAAAAUGAUCCUACAACCAGCAAUACCGCAAAGCCAAAACGAGUCCGUCUUAUAAUAUAAAAAAAAAAAUCACUAGCCCUCACAUUACUCAGCGCAAAUCAGUCACCAUUAAUAAGCACAUUAGCAUACGAAAAAAGAGGAGGGGUACUCAAAUUAGAGCGGACCAAUCAUGGACAGCAUAUUAGCAGCCUUCAGGAUGAGCUGACUAUAAAAAUGACCCCACGCUAUCAUUCCGAUUUCUCCCAUUUGUGCAACGGCACAAAUAAAUUUUUUUUAAAGUGGACACGUGAUCACAUAUUGGCACGUAUUCGUGCAACGCCCCCCUUUUUUUCAGCUUCCCUCCAGGUCCAGGACAAUGAUGACGUGUGUGUCCACUGCCUUCGUCAGUGAUCCACUUCUAAUCUCCCCCCCCCCCCCCCCCCAACUUCAAAGGACAACCCCUAUAUUCCGAGCGCUCUGAGAAGAAAAAUAAAGAAAAGGGGGGCUUGUGCGUAAUGAAAAAUCUAGUAUUUCAUUCUUUUUUGUGAACAUGCUUACAGUUUGAAAAUUUCGUUUAGUAUACUAACUUAUAGGUGGCUAAAAAUCUGGCAUAGGGUGAAAAGAAAAAUACAAACAAAUGGGGCUGUGUCACUUUGGUUGGGGGAUGGUUAAAGACUCUUUAGAAGUAAAAUAAAAAGAAAAGAUGCGACUUAUAAUUCAGAAUUAGUUAACUAUAAACUGCCUGUAUUUAAUUAUUAAAGAAUACGUAAGUUUACAUGAUAAAAAAAUUUUAAAAUACGAAAUGCGUUAAGAAAUAAUAUACGCACCUGAACUGCACUUUUACCAGAGAUUUAAACAACCGAACCAUGGUCUUUGCGAGUCUUUAAAUUUUUGGCCCAACCUAAUCUACUUGUGGAUUAACGUAAUAGUAAUACUCUUUUUUUUAAAACUGAAAACUAAUUAUUUAAAAUCAUUUAAGAUUAUGAUUUAAUACCUGCAAGAUUAAACAAAAAUAGUACUGACAUUUUUUUAUGCUCGGUGUAGGGAUAAAUUUAGGGUAUAGGUUAGGUUUAGGGAUACAUUUAGGCCUACUUAGUAGAUUUAGUCCUCGUUUUAUAGCCAUUUUAAUUGUUUCUAUAGUAUAGUAGUUACUAUCCUAAUGUCUCAUUUUUAUUUUACUUAGUUUACAUGUUUUUAAUAAUUGUAAAGCGCUUAGAGCUUUAAGGUAAGCGCUAUAUAAAAAUGCCUAAAUAAUUAAAUAAAUAAAUUUAGUUGCAGAAUUAACUGGUCUUGUUGAAAAUCAUGGCAUCCUAUCUUCCAAUUUACCUUUUUUAUUGUGCCCAGCCCGAGUCUUGCAUGAAUGCAAGGGAAUGACGUUCCUAUAAGACUGUACAUGUAUAAUUUUUUUUAUGUAAAUAAAUUUAUAUUAUUUUUUAUUUUGGGGGUUGGGAGGAAGAUAUUGGGUAAGUUCCACACUUUUGUGGCAAAUUACUUGUAAGGAGCAAAGCAUUUCUUAAUAUUUAUUGGGGGGAGCGUAAUGUUUAACCUUGGUUUAGUUUUAAAGUUAACCACUUUAUAUCCCCCCCUGCCCCAUAUCUUGAAAUACAAAUCUAUUCAUCAAUUAUUGUAAGUUUUAUCCUAUGAGUGUGAAUCUUAAAGCCUAAAAAGGGUAUCUAAUUUGAAAUCAUUUUUUUGCCCCCACUAGUUUGUUGUUUUUUUGCUAGGCACACCGCCGCAUUGCACGCAGCCACAGGCAAAAUUAUAUAUAAUUUAUUUAUUAAAAAAAAAAGCAUAGGUCUAUAGGUACUUUGGUAAAAAAUUAAAAAGUAUGAGUCCUUUGUCCUUUUUGCCAUCGACAACAUUUUCUAAUGCUGUGACCCAAUUCAGCUGUUUGUGUACUGCGUUAUAAGUCUUGUUUUUGUGAUAAUUAUACACAACUUUUAUUUUCUGGAUUAAUGUCCAUCAUACUGGUAUAUGAAUAUAUUCUAUAUUUAAGCCAAUCCAUCCCCUCGACAAUAAUACUGGUUUGGGAUUAUUUAUUUUGACAUUUCAAUUUUUGCACAUGACUUAUUAAUUAAAGUUUUCCCUGACCAAUGAUUAAAUAGUGUUUGCAUAUGGCAUUCUUUUAUAAAUGAAACUAUAAGAAUAAUACUAUAGGUAUUAUAAUAAUAAAAAUAAUAAGAGGUCUUAUAUAGCGCUGUACCCCAGCCUAGGGCUGGGCUCACCGCGCUGUACAUAAAAUAUUUUUUCAAAAGAAACAUAAUCAUGGCAUUAAAAUAAAAUACAUUUAUGAAAUAAAGAACAGCAAUGUAUAUUCACCCACCCCACCACAUAAAUUUUACAAGGCAAACCAUGGACGGCAGCCAGUAAGAUCGUUUAUCGAUCAGAGGAGGGGAAUCAGUCAGGAUAGUAUAAUUUAAAAAGAUAUGUUUUGAGCACAUGUUUAUAGCACAUGCAAGGGACUGUUAAUGGUUGCCCAUGACCACGUUUUGCUCUCAUCAAAUUAUGAUUAUUUUUAGUAUGGACUCUACCUGGAUUUAAAGCUCAAAUUAAAAUAUUGCCUUUUAAGUUCAUUCUAAAACACAAUCAAAUAUAUUGAUGUAAAUAUUUGUAACAAUAGAAUAAAUUCUAAGUUUGGGUGACUUCUGCCUUUAAAAAGGGGGUGUAUAUAACUAAUGGCCAAUAUUUCCUUACUCAUUUGGAAUCUGCACUCAUAUACAUCAAUAUAUAAUGCUGAGGAAAACAUAUUAAACACAUGGAAGAGAAAAGUUCUCAUGAUCCCACGCUAGUAGUAGAAAUAAAAAAGGGCAGGCGGCACUGGGCGGGACAUUUAGAAAGAAUGCCAAAUGACAGAGGAGUGAAGAGUGUGCACCACCAAAACUACAGAGGAAAAGGGCUCAAAGGCAUACCUAGGCUUGGAUGUAUGAUGUGAAAAAAGAUCCACAGCAGCUAGGAAUCCAAGCAACCGGGCAAACAAGAUCCUGGGGUUCCUAAGGCGCAAUCUGAAGAUCGGCAACUCAAGCGUGAAAGAAAAAGCCUAUAAAGCCUUUGUCCGACCUAUUUUAGAGUACGCUUCUACAGUCUGGGACCCAUUUACCCAGAAAAGCAUAGACAGGUUGGAGGCGGUCCAGCGACGGGCAGCACGCUUUGUCAUGAACCGCUACAGAAGCACCUCGAGUGUUGGCAGCAUGCUGGAAACACUGGGCUGGUCGACAUUGGAAGAACGACGACGACUAUCCAGGCUCACCAUGUUGUACAAGAUAACAAAUGGACUGGUGCACUGCUCCGGAAUCAAACAGAAACUCGUUAAUCUUCCCCCCAGACUGCGACGAAGUCACGACAAACAGUUCCGGCUGGUAAAAACAAGAACGAAGUACAGAAGCUCCUCAUUCCUGCCGAAGACAAUAGGGGACUGGAACAAGCUUCCAAAAGCAACAGUUGAGGCGGCUACACUCGAUACAUUUGUGUCUAUUGCCUCCUGUAUUCCAACCCCCAGUUCAUAACACCACUGCUGAGUCGCCCUUGCAACCAGUGAAGUAUCCCAUUGAAACCCAUGGACAGUAACAUCGCAAACCCCUCUGAAACAUAGGAGCCAGAAUGAUCAAUUCAUUGAUCGUAGGCCCUUAAAAUAAAGAAGAAGAAGAAAGGCAUCAGUUAGGUCUGAGUGGAAGAAAGUUGUGAGGCAGGCCAAAGCCCUACACAGUCUGUAUCUCCACAGAGAUGGAUGGAAUAUUUAUCAUAAAAGACUUUACAAAAUUUAGAAUAAGAUGCCUUAUAUAUGUCUAAAAAUUUCCAAAAUUAGAGUUGAUUCAAAGGGCGAAAAUUACAUUGGAAAUGUAAGCCAAGAUGUCCAUUACUGUGAACGUGUGGAUGGAUACCCUAAUUUUAUGAGAAAAUCGUAUUUUCUUUAAAGAACUUGAGUAAAAUAGAAAUAACAACAUUCUUUUUUAUCUGAUUAUAGACUUAAAUUACAAUAAAAUAUCUUGAAAUCAUCAUCUGAUAAAGAAGGGUAAAGAAAACAUUAAGUCUUUACCAUAUCUUGGUCAAGCCACACACACACCUUUUAAAUAGUGCAACAUUUGUACAUGUAAUUUAAUCAUUUAUAUAUUUCUCAAUCUACAGCUGGUCCUAGUCCUUGGAGAUCUACACAUACCACACAGGUGCAACUCUCUACCUGCUCGGUUUAAGAAACUUUUGGUACCUGGUAAAAUCCAACACAUUUUGUGUACAGGGAACUUAUGCACCAAGGAAUCUUUUGAUUACCUUAAAACCCUAGCUAGUGAUGUUCAUGUAGUUCGUGGAGAUUUUGAUGAGGUUUGUUUAAAACAUAGUUUGACAGUUUCAUCUUCUCUUAAUGAUCAGGAAGUGUUUGGGUUUCUCUGUGCCAUUAGCUUCACCAUUUUAAAAUACCAUCUUGAAUUACACAACUAUAAAAUUUACAGUUUGAAUAAUGAUUAGAAAAUAAUACCUGGAAUUUUUUAUGAUAUUUGGAUUCAUUUAAGUUAAAUCUGUUUAAUAUUCCUGGCAAUUGUUUUUGGAGACAAUACAUUUUUUUUACCCAUUCAAUUCUCAAUCGAUUGAGAACCCCAUCUGAAGGGAUUCACUGAUGUACUAAUAAGUUUAGAAUAAAAUUUAAAACAUAUCGAUUUUGAAAUAUAUUUAUAUGAAAUGACAUAAUUCACAUUCAUAAUUUGUUGCUUUAAAUGUUGUAUUAUAUUAUUUGUAAAUUCAUUAAUGUCAAACAGCUACAAAGUACUCGACUACUCAUGAUUAUAAAUGUAAAAAAAUUAAUCUACUAUUGCCAAAUCAAUAAGAUACAAAAUAUUUGGAGUUAAUCUCCCUUGUUCUCUUAUCUUGCCAGACUUUCAUUUACAUGGCAAGAUAUGUGCUUUCUAUAUAGCAACGUAUAAAAGCAAGUCGAGUGGCCAGAUUUGGCUGUUAUGGCGUUGAAUCGGUAUUUGGUAAAAUUGGUCAGGAAGAAUUUUUGCGAAUGUUAGAAACUGGCAUUUAAUCUUGCUUUUCUUUUCUGAAACAGAAUAUGAACUAUCCUGAGCAAAAAGUGGUCACUGUUGGUCAGUUCCGCAUAGGUUUGUGUCACGGUCAUCAAGUCGUUCCCUGGGGGGACAUUGAGAGCCUUGCCAUGGUACAGAGACAACUAGACGUUGACAUUCUCAUCUCGGGACAGACACACAAAUUUCAGGCCCUAGAGCAUGAAGGGAAAUUCUUCCUCAACCCCGGAUCAGCCACAGGGUCAUAUUAUGCUCUAGACAGGCAAGUUGAAAAUUGUUUCUUUUUUUUUUACUAAUUUAGAUCAAAGCUAUUUUAUAAUUGAGUACAUCAUAAAAAAAUAAUUACUUGGUGCUUGGACACAGAAGAAAGCUGUGCUUGGACAAACCAAGAAAGCUUUGUUUGGACACACCAAGAAAGCUGUGCUUGUACACAUGAAGAAAGCUGUGCUUGGACACACCAAGAAAGCUAUUUAUAUUCUCUUAUUUACUGAAAUCCUUUGCUGGCUGAUUAAUUACACCUUCUCGUUUCCUUUCUCCUUUUGCAGCAGCGUGAUUCCAUCAUUUGUUAUCCUCGACAUCCAACAGUCAACAGUCGUGUCCUACAUUUACAAACUCAUUGACGAUGAAGUCAAAGUAGAGAGGAUAGAAUACCGCAAGUCAUAAAACUCACCUCUGGAUCAAUUAUUAUUUUUUAAUUUUCCUUUCAAAUUGAAAGUGAAAGGUUUUUUUUGAAGUAUUGAGAGGAGAACGACAAAGUCCUUCAAGAAAAACGGGGGUAAAGGUUUUAAAUUUCAAACAUGUGGAAACAGGUUUGUAUUUAUUUCUGACACUUGUAAAAGUAGACAACUGGGACCCAAGCAGUGAUCUUGUGUGACUGACAGAAUAUGGUACAAAUAAGCCCCUUGUCGGAAGGACUAACUCCCAUGAACUAGCUGAUGGACUGCUGGGGCUUAUUUUUAAAUAUUACCUUUUAAUGUUUGUUUUUUUGUUUGUUUGUGGUUAGUCUAUUUUAAAAAAAUGAAUAGUAGACAGUUAAGAAUAUUUUUACAGUCUGGGAUUUAUUGAUGGUUCACAAAAUAGAAAAGCGAAACAUAAAUUUUUUUAGUACAAAAAAAGACCAUAAAUACCAGUUAAAAAUUGUCAUUAAAAUAUAGAUAUCUCUUUAUGUUUCUGAAAAUAGGAGGCUUUAGAUUGAUCAAAAUUUUUAUUGUGUUAUUAUGUGACAUUCUGUUUUUUUUCUUUUUCCAAUAUUAGGCAAGUGACACUCAAUUUUUUUUUAUUCACUGUUAGCUGUGAGAAAUAAACAGAGACUUCAAUGUACAGUCUUCUGUUUAUUUUUUCAUUUUAAGUAGGUUCCUUCUAUCUAUCUAUCACAUCUGAGUCCCGUUACAUGUCUUGAUGUAUUGUUUUUUUAAAAAAUGAGAUCACGAGACACAUAAUGGGCUUUUUGAACUGAAAUGUUUUGUCCUAAACCCAACUGAACUCAUUCAAUGUUAGCUACACCUGGCAUGUAACAUGCUUAUAUUAAGAUAAACAAUUUUCUUGUACAUAUUUUUUUCUUCUGUCUUUUGAAAAUAAAAUCAGAGAAGACAUCAUCAAAACAUGUGUUUCAAUAUUUGUAUUUUUAAAAAAAGUUAAUUUCACCAAUAAGUUGAAAUUUUUUGUCAUUCAAGCUAUUAUUCCAAUUUGUACUGUGUGCAAUAAAAAAUAAAUUGUUUUUUAUAAUUAUUUACAGAGAAGAAAAAUAAGUUUUUCCCUUUUUAAAUUUUAAUGACAAACAACAAAGCAACAAUUAUUUUUUUGGAUGAACUUUAUGUUGGAAAAGGGAGGGGGGGGGGGGGGGAGGAUUUCAUCCAUUACAAUAUGUGGGGUCUUUUUUAAUCAAAUUGCUAAUUAUAGGACAGAAACAUCCCUCUCUUUUUGUUUUCCUUUUUAUGUUUCUCCUUUUUAAAUUUUAAUGACAAACAACAAAGCAACAAUUAUUUUUUUGGAUGAACUUUAUGUUGGAAAAGGGAGGGGGGGGGGUGGAGGAUUUCAUCCAUUACAAUAUGUGGAGUCUUUUUUAAUCAAAUUGCUAAUUAUAGGACAGAAACAUCCCUCUCUUUUUGUAUUCCCUUCUAUGUUUCCACCUGAAAAUGUUUUGUAGCAAAUUUGUUUCUUCUCAUCUGUAAACACAUUUAAUUUUGACAAACUGUAUAGCAAUGAUGAGAGAAAUGAUGCGAUUGUUCAAAAUUCCAAAAUAAUCUUUAUUAAAUGUGUAUUAGCCUGAGUGAUUUAUUACAUUUUUCUUUAUAAAAUGCUGUUACAGUAUGUAAGAUUUAAAUGUAUAUUAUCCUGAGCAACUUAUUACAUUUUUCUUUAUAAAAUGCUGUUACAGUAUGUAAGGGCUCGGCCACGAGGACACAGCAAACAUUUCAUUUUUAUAAGAAUUAACUACCCAACUUGCCUCGGUCUGAAAUAAGAGACUGAAUUGGAUUGCCUGCCUUGAUUGGGUGCUAAUUAAUAUACUUGUUACCGGCAAUGUGUGAAAUCCUGCAUUGUAUAGGAUGCCUAGGAAUUAUAAAGAAUGCCUGAAAUUUGUCGGCAAAGUAUGAAAUGGUUUAUCUUGCAACCAAAUGCAAAGCCAAAUGCAAAAAAAAUGAAGUGUCUUGGUGCGAAAAAAGAAAAUUAAG